GGCCAUCUUGGUCCUCUCAAUAUUAGCAGGAAGACUUGAAGUCUACGCAGAGCGUUGUCACCUCUGUGUCUUCUGUAGGGGGGAUCCUUUUGGCUUAGGAAGGAUGUAUGAGAUGACAUAACGAGUCAGGUCUCGUGUCCGUCCAUAGCAGCGCCCCGCUAUGAAACAUCUCUGUGGCUUACAAGUUGGCAUUGGUGCCAUGAAGCCUCCUCACCUUCUAUCUUUUCCGCCAACCCAAAGAAUCAAAUUGCUGAGUAUAAGGGCGCUGUGCUCCCCUGCGUCCAAGCCUCCAGACCUCCGACCCCCUCCCGAGGCCUCUGGUGUCACCCCCUUACAGAAAUGGGUGGAAAGCGGUAAAACUCUGGGUAGGAAUUCCAUGGACAAAGCAUCUGCCACGGCCAUGUACUGGUGGGCCCGAUACGAGGAGUUUGUAGGACUUGUAGAAGUUAGAGACGCUCAAGGGAAGGUGGCUGAGGCAGAGAAGGACUUCAUGGUGGCUCGCGGGAUAGUGCGGGAGGCUCGUGAAACCAUGGAAUCCCAGCAGCUGAAGCUGAAGGAAGUGCGGGAUCGCCUGGACAGAGUGUCUCGUGACGACGUCCAGUAUUUGGAGCUCGCCACUCUGGAGCAUAAACUUCUGCAGGAAGAAAAAAGAUUAAGAACUUCAUACAUCAACGCCGAGGAGUCGGAAAGAGAGAAGUUUGCUCUUUUCUCCGCCUCCGUGAGGGAGAGUCACGAAAAAGAGAGGACCAGAGCCGAGCGGACUAAAAACUGGUCCGUCAUCGGCUCCGUACUGGGGGCCCUCAUCGGGGUCAUGGGAUCAACUUAUAUUAACCGCAUCCGGCUCCAGGAGUUGAAGAAUUUGCUCCUGGAAGCUCAGAAGGGACCAAUCAGCUUACAGGAGGCGAUCCACGAGCACGCGUCCGUGCACCAAUCCCAGCAGAAGGAUUUGGGAGACCUCAUUGUAGCAUUAAGAAACAAGGUACCUGCUGACCUGCCGCCAUCUCAAGACCCUCAGAGUGCCAACAUGGGGUCUUCGGCAGUGGAUCAGGUGUUAUCGGCCAUUAAGGAGCACAUGGCCUAUACUAAAGAAUCCGGGAAAAGCUUGGAAGGUUUGCAGCAGAUCUGUGGAGACCUGGAGAAGAGUCUUGGUAAGGUGGCAACUGAGAUGCAGAAUGCAAAGUCCAAGGUUUCCUUGAAGACCACAGAAGGGUCGGUCCUCAGCCCUGGUGGCGGAGGGCAAGGAGGUUCCCUCCAGGACGUUAUACUUGAAUUAUCUGAGGCCGAGCAGAGGCUGGGCUCCCAGAUCAAUAGGAAUUCCCUGUACAGCACGGCGCUGACAUGCACCGCACUCGCUGUCGCAUUCCCAGUAUUGUACGUUUUACUUAAAGGAAAUUAAACCACAAGAAUAAAAGAAUCCUACAAGGAGCAAUG